CAGCCCAUAGGCCCCUCUCCCCAAAAGCUCCCAUCUUGUCCCAGCCCCUCCCCCACCCCUCCCAAAGACCCGUUGCUUUGGCCCCCACCUCCUCUAGGUUGGGCCCCCACUACCCGCAGGAAGACGUCCGCCUGGGCCGGGUAAGCCCCGUGGGAACGGGAUCCGGUCCGAGCCCCGUGGGAGAUUCCGCAUCGCACCUUGGACUUAGGCCACCCGCACCGCCGGCGAUGGCUGGCACCCUAGACCUGGACAAGGGCUGCACGGUGGAAGAGCUGCUCCGCGGCUGCAUCGAAGCUUUCGAUGACUCCGGAAAGGUUCGGGACCCGCAGUUGGUGCGCAUGUUCCUCAUGAUGCAUCCCUGGUACAUUCCCUCCUCUCAGCUGGCGGCAAAACUGCUCCACAUCUAUCAACAAUCUCGGAAAGACAACUCCAAUUCGCUGCAGGUGAAAACGUGUCACCUGGUCAGGUACUGGAUCUCAGCCUUCCCAGCUGAGUUUGACUUGAACCCGGAGCUGGCUGAGCAGAUCAAGGAGCUAAAGGCUCUGUUAGACCAAGAAGGAAACCGGCGGCACAGCAGCCUCAUCGACAUCGACAGCGUCCCCACCUACAAGUGGAAGCGGCAGGUGACCCAGCGGAACCCUGUGGCUCAGAAAAAACGCAAGAUGUCCCUUUUGUUUGAUCACCUGGAGCCCAUGGAACUGGCGGAACAUCUUACCUACUUGGAGUAUCGCUCUUUCUGCAAGAUCCUGUUCCAGGAUUACCACAGUUUUGUAACGCAUGGCUGCACUGUGGACAACCCAGUUCUGGAGCGCUUCAUUUCCCUCUUCAACAGCGUCUCGCAGUGGGUGCAGCUCAUGAUUCUCAGCAAGCCCACAGCCCCACAGCGGGCCCUGGUCAUCACACAUUUUGUCCACGUGGCAGAGAAACUGCUGCAGCUGCAGAACUUCAACACUCUGAUGGCCGUGGUUGGGGGACUGAGUCACAGCUCCAUCUCGCGCCUCAAGGAGACCCACGGCCACGUCAGCGCUGAGACCGUCAAGCUCUGGGAAGGUCUGACGGAAUUAGUGACAGUCACAGAUAAUUAUGGCAACUACCGUCGCCGGCUUGCCGCCUGCGUGGGUUUCCGCUUCCCAAUCCUGGGUGUGCACCUCAAAGAUCUAGUGGCUCUGCAGCUGGCACUGCCAGACUGGCUGGAUCCAGCCCGGACCCGGCUCAAUGGGGCCAAGAUGAAGCAGCUCUUCAGCAUCCUGGAGGAGCUGGCCAUGGUGACCAGUCUGCGACCACCAGUGCAAGCCAACUCUGACCUGCUGAGCUUGCUCACGGUGUCUCUGGACCAGUAUCAGACGGAGGAUGAGCUGUACCAACUGUCCCUACAGCGGGAGCCGCGUUCUAAGUCUUCGCCAACAAGCCCCAUGAGCUGCACCCCCCCACCUCCCCGGCCCCCAGUGAUAGAGGAGUGGACCGCAGCUGCCAAGCCCAAGCUAGACCAGGCCCUUGUGGUAGAACACAUUGAGAAGAUGGUGGAGUCUGUGUUCCGGAACUUUGACGUUGAUGGGGAUGGACAUAUCUCUCAGGAAGAAUUCCAGAUCAUUCGUGGGAACUUCCCUUACCUCAGCGCCUUUGGGGACCUCGACCAGAACCAGGAUGGCUGCAUCAGCAGGGAAGAGAUGGUCUCCUACUUCCUCCGAUCCAGCUCAGUGCUGGGCGGCCGCAUGGGCUUCGUACACAACUUCCAGGAGAGCAAUUCCCUGAGGCCGGUCGCCUGCCGCCACUGCAAGGCCCUGAUCCUAGGCAUCUACAAGCAGGGCCUCAAAUGCCGAGCCUGUGGUGUGAACUGCCACAAACAGUGCAAAGAUCGCCUCUCAGUCGAGUGUCGCAGGCGGGCCCAGAGUGUGAGUCUGGAGGGGUCCGUACCCUCACCUUCACCCACACACACCCAUCACCGCGCCUUCAGUUUCUCCCUGCCUCGCCCAGGUAGGCGAGGUUCCCGACCUCCAGAGAUCCGAGAGGAAGAGGUGCAGACAGUGGAGGAUGGUGUGUUUGACAUCCACUUGUAACAGCAGCUGUAACUGGAUCCAGGACUCCUGUUGGCCGUGGAGAAAAGUCUUGGACCAGAUCUGGGAGCCUGAGGGGGCUGGGGUAGGGGUGGCAUGCGGUUGAGGACAGGGCCAGGGCUGAAGUCCCUAAGAUUGUAUAGACUCUUGUGAAUAUUUGUAUUUUCCAGAUGGAAUAAAAAGGCCCGUGUAAUUAA